CUUCGAUCAGAUGCGCAUAGUAGCCCACCACUGCUGUUGACUGGAGAAACUCAAGCAGCGACUGGCUGUAUGGGUUGGAAGAGGAAAGUGACACCCACGAAAAAGGCUGCGAGAUAAACAGAAUGGAAAUCGACAUAAGCUUUUUAUAUACCGAUGUGAUUGUGAAUGUAUUAUAGCUGUGUGUCAAGCCCUGGCCAGGGGGCUGGAGCCUCGGGAAUGUCUCAUGUCGGUCCACAGCCAGGCCCGCAGGAAGUGAUGCUGAAAGCCACCCGCAGGUUUCCGUCCAGGAUCUCGCCGUGCUUUCCCUCCUGGAGCUAGGACCGCGCUGACCCGGCCCGGCCCGGCCCACCCUCACCACAGCUCAAACUGCCCAAACACCCAGCUGCAGUUGCUCUCGCCUCUUGCACCGUACUGAAGAGCUCACCCACCACAGCUGCCUAACCCAGAAGCGAAGAAGAUAGAACUGGACUGGGAAAAAAACAAACCCACAUGUUUUUGGGGGCCUUUGAUAGUAUUUGACAUUAAGAGCUCCAAGCAUUGCAGUUUACAGUAUACUCAUCUGAAAGUGAUUUGGAUUAAUGCAUGUGAAGGACAGCUAAGUGCGCAAGUGUAAAUAUCCGCAUUCAUUUCGCUGUCUGGAAAUCUUCCCCUCUCUCUCUCUCUCUCUCUCUCUCUCUACAUCCCACACACGCGCUUCUUCUCGCCCUUCCCACCCCCCUGGUUGUUGUGAUUCAGUAGAUUUGUGGAUUUUAUGGCAGUGACGUAACUCUGGAGAAGCCCGGGUACCACAAGCUCCAGGAUUUAGAGAAGAGAGGAGGGAAGGGAGAGAUGGAGGAGGGCAAGAGGGUGGUGAAGUCCGGGGGCAGCCGGAGCGGCCACAGCAGUCGCGGCUCCAGCUCCGGGGUGCUCAUGGUCGGCCCAAACUUCCGCGUAGGCAAGAAGAUCGGCUGCGGGAACUUCGGUGAGCUGAGGCUCGGCAAAAACCUCUACACCAACGAAUAUGUGGCCAUCAAACUGGAGCCAAUCAAGUCCCGCGCUCCUCAGCUCCACCUGGAGUACCGCUUCUACAAGCAGCUUGGCACCGCUGCAGAGGGCAUUCCUCAGGUGUACUACUUUGGUCCAUGUGGAAAGUAUAACGCCAUGGUGCUUGAGCUGCUGGGACCCAGCCUGGAGGACCUGUUUGACCUGUGCGAGCGAAGCUUCUCCCUCAAGACUGUCCUCAUGAUGGCCAUUCAGUUGAUCACGCGGAUGGAGUACGUCCACACCAGGAGCCUGAUCUACAGGGACGUGAAACCUGAGAACUUCCUGGUGGGCCGGCCAGGGAGCAAGCGCCAGCACACCAUCCAUAUCAUCGACUUCGGCCUGGCCAAGGAGUACAUCGACCCCGAGACCAAGAAACACAUCCCUUACCGGGAGCACAAGAGCCUGACGGGCACCGCCCGAUACAUGAGCAUCAACACCCACCUGGGGAAAGAGCAAAGCAGAAGGGAUGACUUGGAGGCGCUUGGUCACAUGUUCAUGUACUUUCUGCGUGGGAGCUUGCCCUGGCAGGGGUUAAAGGCCGAUACUCUGAAAGAGCGUUACCAGAAAAUUGGCGACACCAAGAGGGCCACGCCCAUCGAGGUGCUGUGCGAGAGCUUCCCAGAGGAGAUGGCAACAUACUUGCGUUACGUGCGGAGGCUCGACUUCUUUGAGAAGCCGGACUAUGAAUACCUCCGCAAGCUUUUUACCGACCUGUUCGACAGAAACGGCUACGUCUUUGACUACCAGUACGACUGGGUGGGCAAAACCUUGCCAACCCCAAUUGGUCCAGUCCCCAGUGACGCUCCCCUCCAGCCUAGCAGCAGGGACAAAACGCAGCAGCAGACCAAAAACCAGGUGAGGUCUCCUGAGCCAGUGGGUAGCGAGGCGCAGCCCCCUCCAGCCACGCCCCGCGAGGUCCUGGGCUCCCGUCUGACGGCUGACCGCCUGGGGGGCUCCGCACAGGUGAUGAACUCGACCAACGGGGAGCUGAACACAGACGAUCCCACGGCAGGCCACUCCAACGCCCCCAUCACGGUCACAGCUGAGCGGGAGGUGCCCGACGACACCAAGUGCUGUUGUUUCUUCAAGCGUCAGAAGAGGAAAGCACUCCAGCGACACAAGUGA